AAUAGAAUUUGUGUCAUCACUAUUAGGUCGGUAAUUAAUUUUCUUUAUAAAGAAUAGUUUCUGGCAAAAUGACAAAGCUAAAAAAGUCAUCUAUAUUACAACUUAUAGCCGAACAAGACAUAAAAUUGACAAAUCGCUUUGUCCAUUUUCUAAGCCAAUUUUCUACGUUUCGAUCUCUAAGGAUUCAUAGCAAAAUUCUUGAAGUUUCCUGUAAUGGCAUUGCAUGGCUAGUUUCAUGGAUUAUAUUUAUUUGGCUGACGAGCUCUCAACAUUUGCAUCAAGUGCAAGUAAAUAUGCUGGUGGGAUUGUUGUUGGAUAUUCUUAUUAUUGCUGUAUUAAAGUCAUUGGCACGAAGGAGGCGACCAGUGGAUUCUAAAGAUAUGUUGACAAUUGGACCAGAUAAAUUUAGCUUUCCCUCAGGCCACGCAUCUCGGGCUUUCUACGUUCUUUUUUUCUUUACAAAAUUGAUUACAAUACCUGUAAUUUGCUGGAUGCCAAUAACUGUCUGGGCUCUAAGUGUUGUAAUUUCUAGAAUUAUAUUAAGACGUCACUAUAUUUUAGAUGUAAUUGCUGGCGCCCUAAUCGGUAUUUGUGAGGCAUUAUUUCUUCAAAUUAUUUGGAUAAGUGAUGAAACAGCCAUUUCUAUUGUUGGCUUCUUAUCGGAAGAUAAGCCUUUCAGCGAAGUAAAUUAAAUAAAUCAUAUAUAAGGAAAGUAUACGUGUUCAGAUUGUAUGCGUAAAUAGAUCUUUACGAUUUGGAAAAAGCUGACUUUUUAAGCAUUAAUUAAUAUGUUACGAGUAUCCGCAUAGUUUUUAACAUCGUAAUGCUCCAAGCCAUCAUAAUUAAAUAUAUUACACUGAUCGUGUUUCUCAACAAAUAUAAG